UUCUCUCUCUAACUCUGAGCAUCAAUCUACAAAUACAAUACCCCAGUGUGUUUGUCUGCAUCAGAGCCACUUUACUGCAGAAAAUCAUGUUAAGACUUGGUUUGAGCAGUCAAAAGGCUUGCUACUCAAGGUCUUCGGUUGCUGAGAGCUUCCACAGGUUAUUGUCUACUCAGACUGGAAGGAAGCUACAAGACAAGGUAGCAUUGAUCACCGGGGCAGCUAGUGGAAUAGGAAAAGCUGCAGCAACAAAAUUUAUCAACAAUGGAGCCAAGGUUAUUAUUGCUGAUAUCCAACAAAAACUUGGCCAAGAGACUGCGAAAGAGCUAGGACCUAAUGCCACCUUCAUAACAUGUGAUGUCACAAAAGAGUCAGAUAUAUCCAAUGCUGUUGAGUUUGCUAUUUCUGAAUACAAACAGCUUGAUAUCAUGUACAACAAUGCAGGAGUACCCUGCAGAACUCCUGGAAGCAUUGUUGAUCUGGACCUGGCAUCUUUUGACAGAGUCAUGGAUAUAAAUGUUCGUGGGGUUAUGGCGGGCAUCAAGCACGCAGCGCGCGUAAUGAUCCCGCGUGGAGCCGGGUCCAUUCUCUGCACAGCCAGUGUCACUGGAGUGAUGGGAGGGUUGGCUCAGCACACAUACUCAAUCUCCAAGUUUACAGUCAUAGGCAUUGUUAAAUCUCUGUCUUCAGAGCUGUGUAGGCAUGGAAUCAGAGUCAAUUGCAUAUCACCCAUUGCUAUACCUACUUCUUUUGUCAUGGAUGAAAUGAGUCACAUUUAUCCACAUCUUGAUGCUCAGAAGCUUGUAGACAUUGUUCAUAAUACCGGUGUCCUUAAGGGAGCAAAUUGUGAACCCAGUGAUGUUGCCGACGCUGCACUUUAUCUUGCAUCUGAUGAUGCCAAGUAUGUUAGUGGGCAUAAUUUGGUUGUGGAUGGAGGUUUCACAUCUUUUAAGAAUCUUGAGUUUCCUGCACCAGAUAAAGUACAUUAGAAGAUUUUCCAAUUUAUAGAAUGUAAUAGUGAUUCAAAUCAUCUUCCAAUUUUUCAAUUUUUAACUACUUAGUUACUCAAGGUGACAGAUCAUUAUGGUAUCAUUUUUUUCAUGUAAAACUCACUCCACCUACUCAAAAAGACUCGGUGGCUUAGUUUUCUUUGAGGAUCUAGUAAAACCUGCGCGCGCAUCUCUUUGCUGGAUUGCCAUUCUAGUGACAUAGAUGAAAUUUCUAGGACUAUUGUUUUGGUAACUCAGAAUGUUACAGAAACAAUGUAGCAUAGCAUUCAAUUUUGAGGCGUGUAAACAGCAUCAAGCCAGGUCCCAUGUUCUCAAGUCUCAAGGCAUGCUAAAUAUGCAUGACAGCAUUAGGAAUACAUAUCUUAUUGUUCUGUAUUUUUAUUUACAGGUUGUAAGGGAAUGUGAAAGAGAUAGAACUAUUGUCGACUUUCACUUGAA